CUCCACUCGUUCUUAUCCUUAUAAUACCCACACGGGCACCCUCUAGGAACAGAUCGGAUAAGCCACCUCCUACCACUUCGAACAAAACCGGCUCGAAAGCUGCAAUUCGAGGUGAACAAGAUGUCAUCGACCACCGCAGGAUUCAGUACGGUCAACCGGUUUGCCGUCUUGGAGGACCACCAACCAAAGUCCUCAAAGUCGAAGAAGCAGACGGGGAGUGAUGGAGAUAGCAGUAUAAAGCAGGGGCAGGGCAAGGAGAAUGGGAAAGUCGACGGUGGAUUGAAAUCGAAUGGGGUCAAUGUCGACGGGAAUGCGAAAGUCAACGGGACGAGUAACGGGAAUGGGACGAGCAACGGGAAUGGGAAUGGGAAAAAGCAGGAUCACGCAUCACAACGAUCCACCAAUACUCAGAUCAAUUCGCAAACUCGAUCAAUCAACGGCAAGACCCCCCACUCAACCUCAACCACUCAGUCGAAAUCCCCCGUACCGACCGCUUACCUAAAAACACCGGCAAAGAAGAGUUCAAACUCGAACUCGAACUCGAAAAAUAACAAUCAUCUCAUGUCGAGCCAUCACACCGUCUUCGAAACCUCUGACCUCAUCUCCGACCAAGACCAAGAUCAAGCUCAGAUGAAAGUGAACGGCGUCACACAACAGAUGAAACAUCUCACCAAAGACCUCUCCAAGAAGGACCCCGAGGUGAAAGAGGUGAAAGAGCGGGUCGGACAGAAGAAGAAGAAGAAGACGGAUUGGGAGGUCCCGAGGAAGACGCUUCACGGGAGCAUAGGCUUCCUAGUCCUCUACCUCCGCUCCCAAACCCCUCUCACCCUCCGCCCCCUGCUCAUCACCCUCACAACAGCCCUGAUCAUCAUAACCUCUACCGACGUACUCCGGUUCAACUCUCCUUCCUUCAACAAACUUUAUAUCAAAGUCUGCGGGCCGUUGAUGAGGAAAGAGGAAGUCAAAGGGUGGAACGGCGUGAUUUGGUAUUUGAUUGGGGUGGUCGUUACGUUGGGGGUUUAUCCGAGGGAUGUGGCUGUUGUUAGCAUCUUGACCCUCUCAUGGUCAGACACCGCAGCAUCAACCAUCGGCCGUCUCCUCGGCUCCCACACUCCUCCCCUUCCCGCCUACCUCCCGUUCACGAACAUCCCCUUCGCCCCUCGGAAAUCCCUAGCCGGGUUCCUAGCCGCGGCGUUUACCGGCUUCCUCAUCGGCUUAUCUUACUGGGCGGGUGGGAAGAGGGCGGAUGGGGGAUGGGGAGAAUUGUGGGGAGGGAAUGUGGAUCUGACGAGUUGGUCUGGAGAGAAGCUGGGCGGAUGGGCGUUCUUGAAAGAAGGUUGGGGCAGGUGGGCGACGGCGGGAGUUUUGGGUAUUGCAGGGGCCGUGGUCGAGGCGUUAGACCUGGGGUACGACGACAACCUCACCCUCCCGAUCUUGACCGGCGCUAUCGUCUGGGUCUGGUUGACCGUCGUCUCCGCCAUGACCAGCUAGACGGGAAGACGAAAAGAUCGGAUGUGGGUGUAUUAUUUCAACAAUCUCAACGAGACGAGACGGCGCGGCGAAGCAACGCAGCAGAGCGGAAUGGGUCGAACGGAGAGGUGACCGAUGAGCGCGACCACGGCCACGAAACGGUGUCGCUGUCGAGUGGGAAUCGAAUUUUUGUAUCAACUACAAUAGCCCGACUGUGGGACCUUUUUAGAUGAGCGGGGAUGUUAUAUAUACUAGUUGUGCGCAGUCAGGAAAUCGAGGCAUAU